AUGAACCAAAUUAGCGAGAAAAACAAAACUUUUGAUGAGAAGAAAGAGAAGAAAAAAAUCCACUGCGCCAUCCCGAAAUUUAUAUUGAAUAAUGAGCUGCUGCAAAAGGCUAUAAAAAAGUCCUUCCCAGAAAAUUACAAUUUCGAAAUAUACAAAUGCAUUGAUAUUAUUUUAAGAGAAAAAUUUAAAAAUAUCGUACUGCAGUUACCUGAGGGGUUAUUAAUUUGGGGAUUGUACAUUUCUGAGAUUUUAUAUUUUUUUUGUGACUGUGUGGAAGAUGUUAUUAUCCUGGGGGAUGUCACGUAUGGUGGAUGUUGCAUCGAUGAUUACACAAGUGAGAAGUUGCAUUGUGAUUUGAUCAUUCAUUAUGGGCAUUCCUGUUUGGUUCCCUUAACUGUGACAAAAAUACGAUGUAUUUAUGUUUUUGUGGACAUAAAAUUAAAUUCUUCUCAUUUGGUGGAGACGAUAAAAAAAAAUUUCCAUAAAAGUGACAUUAUUUUACUCCUUGGGACAAUACAAUUUUCUUGCCUUGUACAUAAUGUGCAUAGCAUUUUAAAGAAAGAAAAUUAUUUUGACCUUUUUUUGCCUAUCCCACAAGUACUUCCCCUCACCAAGGGAGAGGUACUCGGGUGCACUUCCCCCAAUUUGUAUCGCUUUCUCUAUGAACACGUUGUGAGGAAGGGACAAGGGGGAGAGGUUGUGGAGAAGCAGACCAGUCAAAAUGGCCUCUCCUUAGGCGGGCCAACACAAGGGGAGAAAUACCCCCCUGGAGAUAUCCCCCCAAAGGAUGACCAUAACAGUCAUCACAGCGAAGCAUUUAUCAUAAAUGAGUGUAAACGAUUUUUACAAAAAAAUCAAGUCAAAAUUGUUUUCAUUGCAGAUGGGAGGUUUCAUUUGGAAAGCCUGAUGAUACACAAUCCCGAUUUCUCCUUCUACCGAUAUAAUCCAUUUAACAAAGUAAUAACGACGGAAAAAUAUAAUUACACCCUUUUUCAUGAAAUACGAAAAAAUGAAAUAAAAAAAUGUACCAACUGUAAAAGUGUGUGCAUUAUUUUAAAAAUAUUUAAUGAAAAAUUAGCCUUGUUCAAAAAUGUGGAUGUAUUUAUACAAAUAGGCUGUCCAAGAUUGUCUAUCGACUGGGGGAAUUACAACUCCAAACCUCUGUUAAACAGUUAUGAAGCUUAUGUUUUUUUGCAGGCAGUUAAAUAUAAAGAGAUAUAUCCCAUGGACUACUACGCCAACUUGGGGAACGUGUGGACCAACUACAAUGCUGGGAUUGGUGACACGAGUGAGAAAAAUCUAUCCAUGCGGGAGAUCAUUCGUCGGCGUAUUCAGCUACGUAAAAGCAAAAUUAGCAUUCGAUAUCAGUAG